CGCUCCCAUCCCCCUCCAAUCAUUAACCCCACUCCUCUUUCUAUACUUCGGCCCAGAUCUGGAUUUCUCCAAGAGAAGCGAGCGAGAAUGCGGAAGCUCUUUCCGCGGCGGCCGGCUCAGGCCGACGCGUGCUGUAACCCUACCUCCGGCGGGAGCAUGGCCAGCUCGGCUUGGCAGAUAGAACGAAGGGCCCGACCGCGAAAAGGGACGCAGUGGCAUACGCACUGGUUUUGGUUCGGGGUGACGAUGGUGGCGAUGAUGGUAGUUUGGUUGGUUUCUGCUCAGCUGAACUUAAUGGACGCCCUCGAGGUAUCUGGACGGCGGUUGGUCCCAGGCGGUGGCUCGCCGAGGAGGAGGCAGUUCGGCGCCGCCAUCCGAUUCCGUCCGACCGAUAUUUUGAAGAGGAUGGAGGAAGGUCGACGGCGGAUGGAUCGGAUGAGAUCUGAGGAGCGGCUGGGCAUUCGGCCACCAAGAUUGGCUCUCGUUGUUGGAAGUAUGGGCAAGGAUUCUCAGUCUCUUCUGCUGCUUACUAUGGGGGGAAGUCUUAAGGAGCUGGGCUACGUUCUUUCUAUAUAUUUUCAUUUUUUUUGUCGUGUCAAAAGAGAACAGGUCUUUGCAUUAGAGGAUGGAGAGGUUCACACAUUAUGGGAAAAUAUUGACUGUUAUGUGACUGUUUUGGGCUAUAAUCAUUCAAUCUUGAUUGACUGGACAAGAUUUGAAGGUGUCCUGUUUAGCUCCCUUGAAACGAAAAGAGUCAUCUCAAGUUUAAUGCAAGAUCCUUUCAGUUCCGUACCACUUAUAUGGCUUAUUCAGGAGGGCAACUUUAGUAAGCGGCUUUCCUCUUAUAUAGCCUUGCAAAAGAAAGAUCUUAUCACUGACUGGAGAAGUGCUUUCAGUAGGGCAAACGCUGUGGUGUUUUCAGACUACUCUCUACCAAUGAUAUAUGCUUCAUUAGAUACUGGAAACUUUUAUGUGAUUUCUGGAUCUCCAGCUGAUGUCUGGGCAGCAAAAAGACUCAUCAAAUCUCGUCGGCAUUCUUUACGGGAAGAGUAUGGAUUCCAUGAUGAUGAUCUAAUAAUUACUAUUAUUGGGAGUUAUUUUUUCUAUAAUGAUAUUCCAUGGAGCUAUGCUGCAAGCAUUUUAACUCUUCAGUUUAUGAAAAUUAUGAGAAUAAAUGAUCUUGGAGGAAAAUUGAAGUUUGCUUUCUUGUGUGGGAACACAACUGAUUCUUUUGGCUCUGAUUUUGAGAAGCUUGCUUCUCGUAUGGGUUUUCCUCUUAAUUCUAUAAAGCAUUAUGGUAUGGAUGGAGAUGUGAAUGGUGUUAUAAUGAUUGCUGAUAUAGUCCUAUAUGGGUCCUUCCAAGAGGAGCAGACCUUUCCGUCGCUUUUAGUGCGGGCCAUGUCUUUCCAAAUCCCAAUCAUUGUUCCUGAUUUCUCUAUCAUAACUAAAUAUGUUAAUGAUAAAAUACAUGGUCUAGUUUUCCGCCCUCAUGAUAUAGACACCUUGGCCAGUGCUUUUUUACUUCUUAUAGAAGAUAAAAGGCUGUCAAAACUGGCCCAUUCUAUUGCUUAUGAGGGGAGAUUAUUAGCUGAGAAUAUGUUCGUAUCAGAUUGUAUCAGCGAUUUCGCAAAUCUUAUAGAAAGUUUGCUUCAAUUUCCAUCGGAUUCAUUCCUUCCAGGGUCAAUUUCCCAAAUUAAGCAACAAACAUGGUCAUGGGAUUUGCUUGACAACGAAAAUUAUCAAAGCAACCUUCCUGCAAUCCAAAGAGAAAGCAUCAUAGAUAUACUCGAGGAAGAAUUACCUCGCAAAUCUCAAAUAAGUCCACUGGUCUUUAAUGAAUCUGCUUCACCGGAAUUUCCCACUCAAUUUGAUUGGGAUGAUAUCAGUCAGAUGGAAAUUGCUGAAGAUUUUGAGAGACUGGAAAUGGAGGAGAUCUCAGAAAGAAUAGAAAGAGAUUUGGGAUCUUGGGAGGAUCUAUAUCACAAUGCUAAAAAGUCUGAAAAGCUUGGAUUUGAAGCGAAUGAGCGUGAUGAAGGUGAACUGGAGAGGACCGGGCAAUCAUUGUGUAUCUAUGAAAUUUUCGAUGGGGAAGGAGUAUGGCCAUUUCUACACCAUGGCUCUCUAUAUCGUGGUAUAAGUCUUUCUAGAAGUGCUCGAAGGCCAAGAUCAGACGAUUUGGAUGCAAUUAGUCGGCUUCCAAUUUUAAAUAAUUCGUACUAUAAAGACAUCUUCUGUGAAUUUGGUGCCAUGCUUUCCAUUGCGAAUAAGGUGGACAGCAUUCACAAAAUACCUUGGAUUGGUUUUCAGUCAUGGCAUGCCUCAGGAAGGAAGGUUUCUUUAUCUGCUAAGGCUGAAGAAGUACUGGAGAAUGCAAUACGAGAUUCGAGCAAAAAGGGUGCUAUUUAUUAUUGGGUCCUGUUAGAUACGGAAUGGAAGAAUGUAAAAGGAAAUAGAAAUGGUGAUUUUUGGUCGUUGUGUGAUGUAAUGAACGCGGGAAAAUGCAGAAGCGCUUUUGAGAGUGCCUUCAGGUCCAUGUAUGGGAUACCCCUCCAAAUCUCUAGCUUGCCUCCAAUGCCUUCUGAUGGUGGCCAUUGGUCUGCUCUUCACAGCUGGGUGAUGCCAACGUCCUCAUUUCUGGAAUUCAUCAUGUUCUCAAGAAUCUUUGUCGAUUCGCUUGAUGGCUUGUUCCGAGAAGGGAACUACAGCUCCAUUUCUUGUUUUCUCGGAUCCUCUGAGCUUGAGGGAAGGCAUUGCUAUUGCCGCAUGCUCGAAGUUCUCGUGAACGUCUGGGCUUAUCAUAGCGCACGAAGAAUGUUUUACGUCAACCCAAACUCUGGGGACCUCGAAGAACAUCAUCCGAUCAUGAAACGGAGAAUGUGGGCAAAAUAUUUUAGCCCUGAAUUGAUUAAAAAGAUGGACGAGGAUUUGGCGGAGGAAGCGGACGACGCAAUGAACCCUAAUGUGGGGUGGCUAUGGCCUUUAACCGGAGAAGUGCAUUGGCAGGGGGUGUUGGAUAGAGAGAGGGAGGAUAGGUAUAGGAAGAAGAUGGACAAGAAAAGAAAGAUUAAGGAGAAGUUGUUAGAUAGACAUAAAUAUGGAUACAAACAAAGAGCUCUUGGAAAUUCCUAAAGAUGAAACAAGAGAGGAUAAUUACAUGCAUAGCAAUCAAAAUAUUGUUAUUUAUAAAACUAGCACCCCGGGGUCGAUCUUUUGAGCUGCCGAAUCGAAGCAGUUUACACUUGCCACCAGGAUGACACAAUAAUGCCGUGGGAACUUGGUAAAAAUGCAAAAGAUGGGUUGGGGGUUUUACUGUGAAUUUUGAUGUUUGAGAGAGAAUUUGAAGAAAUGGUGCUAGUUUUGUAAAUAGCGAUGUUUUGCUACUAUAUAUGUAACCAUCAACAAAAAAAAAAAAAAAAAAAAAAA